UUCACCGCGGACUGUCCGCCGUGCCUGCAGGACCUCGGCUCUCGUGUCCUCGUGUGGCGUCCUCAGAGGUGCAGGAUUCCCAAGGGUGGCUGGGAGGAGCUGGCCCUGAGCACCCCUUCAGCGUGAGGGGAGAGGCACGCCCUGGGAGAGAGGGGCUGCGGGAGGGAGAGGGCAGGGCGCGCUGCCAGGCACAGAUCAAUGGUGUGUAGUGUGAAGGGAACCACGUUGCCGUCUCCGCCACUCCUGCUGCUCUUGCUUGUGUCCCCGCUAGCCGGGCCUUUUGCACCUCACUCCUCGCCCCUGCGUCUCGCCGCCUCUCUGUGUCACGCCCUCCGUGUGCCGGCUCGCCCUUGACUCUCAGCCUCGCCGAUCACGUCGCCUGGCCUUCACUACAACUGGGCGGGAUGUGAGCGUGGAGUGUAGGUGUGAGCGUGGCGGUGGUCGCCGUGCACACACACUCACACACUCACUCACGCCUCCACGCACACCCUCCCUGCCAGUGUGAUCAGUCCUUCUGCUCCUCCGUCACCGUCAAGGACGCAGUGCCUGCAGUGCCGCACUCCUGCUGGGGAGGCGACAUUCACUCACAUGGGGCCGUGGAGGCAGUGCGGCCCCGCCCCCACGCCCUCACGCCCCCACGCCUCAGCAGCAGCUGUAGCCUCCCAGGGGCGCGACACACUGGCCAUGGCAGCAGCAAGGCGGAAGUAGGCAGCAGGCAGCAAUGAGUUAGCCAGUCGAUGAGUGACGUAGUAUGAGAGUGAGGGCGAGUCGGUGGCAUUCCAAACUCUCCCCGGCCAGCCCCGCCCUUGCCUUGCCCGCGCCCGACGAGCCCCGGGCGUCCAGAGAGGGCCAGGGUGUUGAAGCGUAUGAAGGGCGGCGAGGGGUGGCGAUGUUGAAGGGUGCAGUCGUGGUGUGUGUGGCGGCGGGCAGCCAUCGGCCAGGCCCCGGGUACCAGCAGUGAGUCGGGCAGCACCCCCUGUCUCACAUCACCAGGAUUAUUUAUCUGAGUGCUACGUGGUGUCUUAAUGUCCCAGAUCUGUCCUAGGCCUCUGUCCCACGUCCCUCAGUGAGCGGCCCGGGAAUAGUGUGGUGAUGGGGCGUGCGUGGGGCGCGUGGCGGUGAAGGCGUGUGUCCCUGGUGAGUGAGCGUGGAGUCGCCAUGAGAGCCUGGCCGGCGCUGGCGGCUCCGACAGACCAUCUUUAAUGCAAAGUGUCAUGGGGGAUAAUCUAGCUGGGUAAAUCAUUCACUGCCUCGCCUCCUCGUCGGUGUCCUCUGCCUCGUAGUGUUCGUCGGGGCAGCCAGGCGGACGAGGGAACAAUGAGCCGGGGAGAGAGGCGUGUUUACUCCCGCCCGGUGAGAGCAAACAAGAGCCUCCACCGCGCCGCUUGAGGCUGUAAACCUUUAGACGCUAUCCUAAAGGUGCAAACAGCUUCCGUCUCAGCGUGCAGUGCUGUGCCCGCCACCCACCAUACCAUGCCCGCUGCGAGGCGUGCCCCUCCCCACCCAGGCGCCCCCUCCCCUUGAACCUGCACCAUGCCCAUCUACUCCUCCAAUACCGACGUGUCUGGGUACGAGACACUCAGCACGCGCAAACGACACAACCCAUUCCAGCGGCAGACUGGAGUGGAGAAAAAUGACCCUCAAAGAUUCGUGGAGGGCCUCAGUUUCAAGGGCAAGCUGAUCGGUGUGCUGGAGGUGUCAGAGGCGCGGGGAGACAGGAUGUGUCAGGAGGCCCUCGCUGAGCUCAAGAUGGCCGUGCGAGCUGCCGGGGAACACAAGCAGAGGAUAAUCAUUAACGUGGCCAUGGACGGGAUCAGGCUCAGGGACGAGAGAUCCAGUGACUGCCUCUACCACCACCCGGUCCACAAGAUUUCCUUCAUGGCCCAGGACAUGACGGACACUCGGGCCUUUGGUUAUAUCUUUGGCUCCCCGGACUCAGGCCACAAGUUCUUCGGCAUCAAGAGUGAGAAGGCGGCCAGCCAGGUGGUGAUUGCCAUGCGCGAUCUGUUCCAGGUUGUGUAUGAGCUGAAGAAGAAGGAGAUAGAGAAGGCCAGGUCACAGCUGGAGGAAGGCAGAGAAAAAGGAGAGUUCAAGGAGUCGUCGCUGAGUGGGCUGUUCGGCACCAAUGGUGACAGUGGAAUAGUGAGUGCCAGUCUGACAAGUGGGGCCGGGGGGGCUAUUGCAGACUUACUAGACCUUCAAAGUGAACUGAGCUCCCUUCAGAAGGGGCUCUCAGAACUCAGCCAGCAGCGAGCUCAGCAGAACCAGAAGGAAAGUGAGAAGACCGAUCCUUUUGGCGACUCCUUCAAGCCUCUGUUCCCUUCAGCUGACACCAGCAAGCCCCGCAUCACCGCCAGCACAGCCCCCACCCCUGCCCCGCUGGCCCCUCCCCCCGUGUCUGGCCGCACCAGACAUGACUCCCACCACUCCCAGACCUCACAGAACCAGGCUGGGGCCAGUGCGAGUGCCGACCAUAAAGCCAGCCAAGAUUUUGCCAAGUUCCCGGUGACUUUCCCUGACAGUGUGUCUCCCCCACCCGCUCAAAGUGAUGCCCCAAAGGUGUCUGAGGCCGGUGAUAAUCAGGACAGGUAUGCGGCCUUCAAGGAGUUCAGGACUGCUCCCAGUGGCUCGUUUAAUAAUAUCAGUGACCCCAGUGUUGGUGAGGGGGAGGCGGCAGUAGGUGGUGAUGCUGGAGCAGCGGCUCCCCACCAGACUGACGAGUUUGAUGCCCAGUGGUACAAGGCAGACUUUGAGGACUCUGCUGCCUCCAGCCAGGAGCCACACUACGAUGUUUUCACCGACCUUGACCCACUUGGCACCGGCAAGAACCGGCCGUACGUGGACAAGCGUGACUUCUUCAGUGACAUGCGUAAGCCAGCAAGGCGAGUGCUGCGUGAGCUAGGGGAUGGGGAGGCAUCCAUCCCCUGCUCCCCUAAGACACAGCCCGGCAUCAUUCCCCCAGAGGUGUCCGCCUUGGUGUCAUCCUCCUCGCUGUAUGCCACAACACCACGUUCCAUUGACAUGAUCACCUCGAAGCGUGCCUCCUCGGCCAACAUCACACCGGUCCACAGCACCUCCAUCACCUCCCACUCCUUCACAGAGUCCUUCAGCCCACCAGAUUCCUUCGGCCAUGAGGACUUCCGUUUCCAGCAGACAUCAGAGAAGGAGUUCUAUGAAGCGUCACACUUCCCCUCCUCAGGCUUUGCAGACUUCCCGGCCUUCCCCAGCGACUCACCCAAGAGCCAGAGGUCAGAGAUGUCCAGCAGCAUACCGGAUGAGCCGCCACCCCCCUUACCCUGUGGUCCUCUCACAGUGGCUCUUCCACCAGAGUCAUUCCGAGACAGUCCCCCUCCCUUCUCCCCGCCCCCUGUCCCACGGCCCACCAGUAGGAGAGCAUCUGGGCCAGACUCCCCACACCUCACCUACUCCCACCGCUCGCCUGUGUCCCACACGCGCAGCAAGCUAUUCCUCGCUGCCACCACCUCUCAGAGCCCCAAGACUCUUCCCCGUAGCCACAAGUUCAAAAAACAGGGUAGCUUUGAGAAUGAGUGGGAGAUUGUGGACAUGGAGCACCGGGGUUAUGCCAGUGGUGAUCUCACGCCGCCCACUCCACCCGAGGCGCUGAGUGAGGGAGGCCUCAGCCCCAGACCCCGGCCACGCUCUCACCUCUCCAAACAGCUAAGUGCCAGCUCUGCAACCCUAACCCUGCGCCCACAGCAGCGUGGACGUUUUACUGAGGUGGAACAAUUCUCCUCCCCUGAACUGGAGAGCCGACCUUUCCCUGUAGACGAUCUUAACCUGAGCUAUGAGGAGGCCCCCAAGCCUCCACCUAGACCAGCUCACAUUGAGCCUCCACCCCUUCCUCCCAAGAGACAGCCCACACACGUCACCCUCAGGCCUCCCCCCCGUCCUCCCACCACGACAGAUGCACACUACAACUACAUCAACGAGUAUGACUCGUCCCCUGAGGAGGGCAACACUCCCCCCAUCCCCAUCCCUGCCAGGAAGCCUCGGUACUCACAUGCCACCUCCUCCCAACCUGCAUUCAUUCCCUGCAGGAGUACCAAGCCCACCCACCCUGAAAAUUUCCAGUUCCCCAAGCCAAGCGUCAGUCCCACCCAUGAGGUGACCGGUGCCGUGCCUAAGACCUCCCGGGAGUCCACCCCCAGCAAGCUGUCCACUCCAGGCAAGUCACCCAAGCUGAUCCAGAAGCCACCCUCCGUGGAUUUGGCCAACACCAGCCUGGACCAGCUGGCUGCCACCCUGGAUGUGCCAGUGGAGGAACUGGCCAGGAUGACAGUGGUGGAGCUGGCUGCCUGCCUGGCCCAGCAGCAGCUGAGGCAUGGAGACAAAGACUCCAAGGCCUUUGAGGAAACUCAGACCUUCAAAGGUCCACCAGAGAAGCCCAGCCGUCGGUCUAGGGUGCCAAGCAGAGACCAGAGCAAGGAGAGAUUUCCCUUCAGUGAGGAUGAAAUGUUUGCCGAGUUUGAUGCCCAGUUCCCCAAGAGUCCAGUGGAGCCACCUGAGUUCAGCAUGGGAGGGCCGGUCACCCAUGCUGUGGGCGCUCCCGUCAGUGAGGACCGCUAUGCUGUCUUCCGGGAGCUGACUGUUGUCACCAAACAGAAGUCAGUGUUUGAUGAAAACUUCCUGACACCACAGAACUCCAUGGAAGAGGAGGUGUCUGAGGUGUCCUCAGGAACCUUUAAGGCAAACUUUGACAAUGACUUGCGGCACGACUCCCUGGAGCACAAGUCUUCCCUGAGUGACGACGGGGAGGCUGGGGAGCUGGAGAAGGACAAGGAGUGGCAUCCCCCCAACCAUGACCUGGAGUGUGUCACAGUGUUCAGGAGUCCAGAGAUCAGCGAAUACGACAACUUUGAGCCGACCUUUGAUGCCAAGUUUGAUGACGACUUCUCAGCAGCCACCAUGAGUGAGAAGAGCCUCACCCCCGUCAACUCCCCCUCACACCUGCAGGAGCCCACACCACGGCCCCCACUGCACCAUGCUGAUGCCCAGAAGUCUCCAUUCACCGACGACUUCUCUACUCUGGGCCACGGUGCUGGCACCUCCUCUGCUCACUCCUCUGGUAGGAGAACCAGGCCAGAAUCUGAGACUUCCUUUGCAAGCUUCGAUGAUAAUUUUGUACCCUCAACCUCAGAAAUGGACAAGUACUCCAGUUUCCAGGAAGUAACCAAUGAAGAAACCUCACUGGACGGCUCCCUCAAGUCUCCCUUCACAGAUCACUUUGUAGACCCCAAGAGGCUGGAGCCGAGUGACGACAAUGGCUUUGGCUCAGGGUUUGAUGAUCCCUUCACCAGCGUGGAGCCCAAGCAGCGCAGCUCCUCCAGGGGAAGCUCAGACACGCCUUCAAAGUUCCCUGUUGAGAGUUCCCUGCAGCCGCCCACUGACACUCUGGGUAGUAAGAGGAAAAGCCCCUUCGAUGAUGACUUUACGAACCGUGGCGAUCGUUACGAAGUGCUCAAGGAGGUGGAGAGCGAGCGGGAGCCAUCACUGGAGGGUGAGGUGAGCCGCCUCACAAAACAAGGUGAUGCGAGGAGCUCCCCCUUCGAUGACUCUUGGCAUGGCUCCCACAGAAACACUCCUUACGACGACCAAAAGUCCAUUGGUUCCCUGCACUCCAUUCAUGAGGAACACAAGAAUGUUGCACACGAGUCGCCAUUUGAUGAUGACUUUGGUCAGGAUUCCCGCAAGGCUUCUGUAGACCACGGCCGCCUCUCCCGCUCCGGCUCAGAGCACCGCAAGUCUCCCUUUGGCGACAGCUUCACGCCGCCCACGUCAGCUCGGCCCCUCCGCAGCAGGGUUCCCUCACGCCUCAGUGUGGGAAGUGAGGGCAGUGACAUCAGGCACUCCCCAUUCGAUGACAACUUCAGCUCAAUCAUUGGAAGUGUUGCUGAGGAGGUCAACUUUGACAGUGCAUUUGCCAGCUUCCCAGCAGAGACCUCAGCAGCAGCAACCACAGGGGAAGAAGAGGGAGAAGAAAGCGACCCAUUCAGUGUGAAGCUCAGCACCACGCAGACAGAAGCCAAGGGUGCUGAAGGAGAGUUCCAGUUUGCUGACUUUGAGAAUGCCUUCCAGAAGGCGGAGGCAGAGGCCGCAGCAGCAGAGGCCCCAUAUUCAGGCGGUGCAUCUCAGCAGACCCCCGGUAGGUCCCCUGAGCUGACAGAGGAUGCCCUGGAGGAUGUCUUCCCUGAGGAUGAGCAGGAGUUCAAGAUCACAGCUCGCUUCCCUUCCGUCACUCCAACUGAUAUGAAAAAGUCAGAGUCGGUGAAUAUCUUCCGCCGAAACAGUGAUCCUUUUGCCGACGAUUUCUUUGCCGCAGAAGAGCAGACUGGUGAGGCUACAGCGGCAAAGGGGGAGGCCGACCCCUUCUGGGAGGAGCCAUUUGAUAAGUUCAGUUUCUCCAAGGACCAUUGAGUCAGGCUUCAGAGAACUGACUGGCCGGGGAUGAGUGAUAGGUUGGGGAAGUCAAAUGAUCUUGACAGAGUAAAGUGUCAUCAAAAUAAGGUUAUGUGUUGAGAUAGGGAAUGUGUCAUAUUGUCCUAAGUAUCAAAAUUUAUGACUUGCAUAUGCAUAGAGUAUUUUUAAUUGUAUAUCGAUUUUAUUUUAUAAUGUUCCCGAACAAAGCACUUGGCUGAAGAGAGCAGCCAUAACGUGUUGCGUGGCAGGUCUGAUUAUGUGUUUCCAGAUUCUUGUAUCAACACAAAGUCUUCACAAACUCCACAAAUAGAUUUUCGUAUUAAAGUUUUAGGUUAGCCAGGUGUUGGGAAAGUGCCUGAGAAGCUGCCGCCAGUCCUUGCCAAUCUGUCACGGGCUUCAGUUUAUGGUCAUUUCUUAUUUCUCAGGUCUUGUUGAGAGUUGUGUGACUCUCACUCAAAAUCAACCACUCCUGCCUGUCCUGUCACCUGCUGUCAGCAAUACAUUUAUAUUUCCUUGGAUUUGUGUGUGUUGCGUGUCAAAUCGAUGAGUUUGUGCAGCGUUCAUUCUGACGUAUCUUUUGUGUUGAGUCAAGUGUUGAGAGAGACCUAGACUGUGUUCCUGAGUGAGGACUUACAUUAGAUUUAAGUUUAUUUCCUUCAGUGUAAUGCAUCGAGUCAUUAGGUAAGAGUGGUGUCGUAGGACUGAAGGAGGAGAAUAGCAGGGGAUCACGUGUAGCAAAGACCACAAGUACUCAGAGCUCAGCCUUCUGUAGAUGAGACAGAACAGUCACGUUGGUUUGUCUGUCUAUCUGUCUGUCAGUGGCAGUACAGUGGCUGUCUGGAGACACUGCACGAGAGACGCUGUUCAUGUGCCGACUAUCAUUGGGCAAGUUUCUUUGAUGCGUAGUGUGUUUGCUGAUAUAACCAAGCUGUGAUCGGGUGUCCUGUGUCGUCUGCUGGGGACUCUGGUCACUUUUCUGUGUUGACUGUAAAAAAAAAAAAAAAUUAUACUACAGGUGGUGAAAAAUGUCUAGAAAUAUUACCGCAUCACACCAUUUAUAUUUCUUUUUUUUUCUUCUUUUUUUCAUACAUAUUAUUAGCGCAGGACCUUCCUCCUUAGCCCUGCCCCACCCCGACCCUCCCUCAGUGUUAAUGGUAAACGUUUUACAUAUAGACUUGUUUAUAUUUUUACAUGUGCACUCAGCCACUUUAUACUGAAGGUUAAGAGUAGCAGUUAAGUCCCACAUUCCGAGUCCCGUGUUGAGCUCUGAGUCGGAACCAGCGGUGCCAUGUUUGUGUAUUUUGAGUCCAAUCAUCAUCAUAUGUCUUUGUAGAGGUAAUCUUGACAGCUCAAUGAAUGAUCUUGUAACACACACACACACACACACACACACACACACACACACACACACACACACACACAGCUGAAAUGGCGUGUGUGUGCAAAUAUCAUACAUAAACUUAGUGAAAGUAGUAUGGUAAUUCGGUACUAAAAGGCGAGAGAUACGAGCUUACACACACACACACACACACACACGAGGUAACUGGGCCUCUUUCAUUUCACACCCUCCUUUCAGAUUUCGUUUCGGUAGGAUUUUACGAUUAGUUGUGAAACGCUCAUAAGUUUGCUUCAGAAUCCCGUGUUACUCACAAAACGAGGGCCAAAGAUUAUGUUCGAUACUAAGUAGAGUUAUUGUAGCGGAUACUCAUACGUGGUAAUGAUAACAGUGGACAGUCAUAGGUAAGACAGUGGACAAAAAAGAAGUAUUGUUGUUGUUAUCUUUGUUACUCUUACUAUUCACUCCAGAUCUUGACUAUUGGCUACGUUUAUUUAUUCCUCCUUAGCCAGUCUGUAGGUUUAGUUCAGUAUUCACUUUCUUACGCUAUCUUGGAGGUAACGCAGUCUCCAUGGAAGUCUAUAUUAAGGCUCACAUUCCCGUUCUUCAAGGUACACACAAUGUCACAAUAUCUUUGAAUCCAGUGAUUGGUUUUAUAAUUGAAAUUAUAAAAAGAAAACAUUGAAACUUUACCUCUCGAUUUCUUUUUAUUUGUAUUUAUUUAUUUAUCUUUUAGGGAAUGUUAUGUCGUUUUUAAUUGUCUUGUAUUAUUAACCUGUCUCUUUUUAUCUCGUAUUUACAUAAGAAGAAAACAAAACCUUGCAUGAGACUUUUAUACCCUAGAAAUCCUGCUGGGGCCGUGCUCUCAAACGUGUGGGCGUCCUGACUCCACUAUUUCAGCAGGUUCUAGUGGAAGGUAUUGGGUUGUCCGGUGUACUUUCAUGAUUUUAGUGAUAGUUUUACUAAGGAAUCUACAUCAUCAUUGGGAACACUCAUGAGAACCUGACUAAUCAUCUCCGUGGCCUUCAGAAGUAGUGGUGGUGAGAGGGCAGCGCGUGUCAGAGCACGGCCUCACUAUGUCUUAGUGCGAGUAUAGGUUGUGUAGGAAAGACUCAUUUUAUUUUUCUUACCAGUGUUUUGUUAUGCGUUCGUCGUUGAUGUCUAAUAUUUUCCAGUCCCACCUGAACAUGCGAGCCUCAAGGUACACACAGGUAAUGUUGAUGCAAAAGUGCAAUCAAUCAUCAUUGGAGCCGAGUACUCACUCACUCACUGUUCGUUCACUAAUUGCUGUGUUAAUUCAUUCAAGGUUUUACUGCAGUGUUAUUAGCAUCCUCUGAGAGAAAGAUGGUAAGAUGUCUGCAUUAUUCAUGAUGGUGUUGUAAUAAUAUUUGGCCAAAGCUUGUAUAGAAUACUCGAGAACACAGGAGCAGCCUCAGCCGCCGCCGCCGCCGCCUCCUCCCAGCAGCUCCGGGCCGCCAGGGACAAGUGGCUCUGCAGUGCUGCAAGAUGCUUGUUUGUUUCAUUUAUUUGAGCUAUGCACGGUACAUGUCCCGGCGCGCUGAGACCGCAGGUGAGGACGUGCCGGAGUCAGUAGCACCAGGAUGGAGGGUAGCGGGCCAGCAGUAGCAGCAGCAUACAAGCCGGCAGUAGUGAGUGCUGCCGUGGUGCUGCAAGACGCUGCUCGCCCCACGCAGCACCACACCUCGGAACGUGAACUGCUCAGGCGCCACCACACCACGUACUCAGCACUUCAACAGACUCCUGCAGUAAUGCAUCCUGUAGUAAACGAGAAGAUGGAGGAGGCGAAGAAGUGCAUUUUUAUAAACUUGUCAGACGGAAAAAAUAAUUUAUUAUAUAGUUUCUGUACAAAAUAUUGUAACUCAAGUAAUAGUAAUAACAGUAACAAGUUGC